AUGCUUUUAAUCGGCGAUUCUCUUUUACAUCAUGUUCGCAAACCAACUACAACACCCUCUGAAUCGGUUGAAACUCAUAUUGAAUCGAUCGGUGGUUGUACAAUUGAUCGUUUAAUAGCUCUCGUCCAACAAGAACAUUUUGGAUCGUUGUUUAGAAAUCAAAAACAUCUAAUAAUUGCGAUUGGUACAAAUACUUUGGCACGUGAAAAAUCUCAGUCGGCUAUUGUUAAAUUCGAAACAUUACUUCGUUUAAUUCUUCGAAAAUAUUCAUAUUUAACAACAAUUGCUGUAUGUACUGUACCAGAUCGAACAAAAACAAGCGUGUUUUUUCGUACCUAUGGCGAUAAUGGUGGAAAGUCAAUACGUAAACGGAUUAGAAAUUAUAAUAGAAAAUUAAAAAAAUUACGAAAGAAUCAAAAUAAAUCAAAACGUUUUUCAAUUAUAAAAUUAGACUUUGAUUUAUCAGUGCACGUAUCAAGUGAUGGUUUACAUCCAAAUGCCAUGGGUAUUGAACAUUUAUCAAGUGCUUUACAAAAUUAUGCAGAUACACUAAAGAUUACAUGA